CAGAGACCCUUGAGCACUCAGCUUUGUGACUGUUGCUCAGAUUGGACGCACCGGGAAUGGGAUCUCUUGUGAGAGUGAAGAAAAACUUCCAAUUUUUCCGCGUUUACGCUCUGCAGAGACUACUCUUCAUCCUGCGGGAAUAGCUGCUCAAGUAGAGAACAGGGAAGACGACAAAUGAAAAAUAGGUAAAUCAGUUGGGAAGAGGAGUUAGAAAAGAAACACGAAUGGGAUGAAAUAUUGUAACUUACCUUAUUUAUGCACUAACGUAACACGCUCCUAUAUAUGCGCUUGACAUUGUAAAAUGAGGCUUUAAAUAUUACAGUAGGCUAGGCUAAUUUGGGAAAAGGGGAGAGAAUAUUGACAUUCAAAUUAGACAACGCUUGCGUAAAAGCGCACGAGGACCAGGGUAAUCCACUAAAAUUAAAAACGAUCAAUUGGAAUUUGACCAGGAAAGACAAUACAAUUCUGCUAAGUAUUGUGCGUAGUGUAUGGAGAGAGGCGCAGCAAAAUUGCCAACCUGUAGAUUAUUACUGGUCUCACAGAUAAAACCAUGGCAAAGUGGUUUAAAGAUUUCCCGACUAGUCUGAAAAGUGGGACCGAUCGCAUCCGUUCGGCCUCGGAAUCAGGUGCCCAUGGUCGGCCAAAAGCUAUAGUGGCAGCAGGUACUGGGGCAAAGGGCAGUGUGCGUAAAAAUUCAGAAAAUGGUAACAGUGGAGGUGGUGUGGGUUCAUUGCUUUCCGGGAGAAAUCGGAAAAAUUCGGCAAUUGAAUUGGGACGGAAUCAACCAAGUACUGGGGCAAGUCCUCUGAAAGAUGGAAAGAUAUGGGAAAUCUUUAUUCCGGGGAAAGGCAAGAAGAGUCCUAAGUUUGACGGAGGAUUCGAAGAUCACCGAACCCUCAGGACCUCAAGUCUGGCAGAUGCUUACAUCAACAGAAUGAUCAAGGUGGACAAACAAGACAAAGGCCAAAAGCACAAUUUCGGGACUGGAGAUGCAACAGCUGCAGACAACGAGAAAGGAAAGGCAACUUUGAAGACGGAAACGUUGAUAAUCCUGGAGGAUUACGCUGACCCAUUUGAUGCUGAGAGAACGAAGGAGCAGAGAGAUGCUGAGAGAGAAGGAGAGAAUGAUGGCUACAUGGAGCCCUACGACGCCCAGCUCAUUAUUACAGAAAUCCGCCGGCGAGGCUCGCGGGAUCUGCUGAAGGUGUGUGUGGUGCUGAAGGGCGAGGAGGAGGGCGGCACGACCCAGAUCUACGAUGUGCCCUACGAGGAGGUGCUGGAGGGCAUCCCCCUGACCCGGCCCGAGUGCGACCCCCGGCCCCAAGCCGAGUACGAACUCCCCUGGGAGUGGAGGAAAGAGCAGAUCGUCAGAGCCCUGUCAGCCCAGCUUGAUGGAGUGGAGAGCGUGACCAGCAGUAAAGAGGACACAGUGCUCUCCCCUCGGCAGCAGAGACAGAAGAGCUGGACCCCCAAAACGCUGCGUCCUUCUCCCCCGUCCCCCACACUCACCCCCACCCCUGCUGCCCCAACCGACAGUGACACAAAACCUGUGGACCCCACUGUACCACUGGAGAAGCAAAGCUGGUACCACGGCUCAGUGAGUCGGCAGGAGGCGGAGGCCCAGCUGCAGAACUGCAAGGAGGCCAGCUUCCUGGUGCGCGACAGCGAAUCAUCAACCAGCAAAUACUCCAUCGCCUUAAAAACCAGUCAGGGCUGUGUCCACAUCAUCGUGGCGCAGACCAAGGAGAGCGGCUACACUCUGGACCAGAGUAGUUGUGUGUUCCCCAGCAUCCCGGAGGUGGUGCACCACUACUGCACCCAGCGCCUGCCCUUCACCGGAGCCGAGCACAUGACCCUCCAGCACCCUGUGCCUCGCACACAUUAGUGACCCCCUCAUCACGUGAUGACUCUCCAGCACCCUGUGCCUCGCACACAUUAGUGACCCCCUCAUCACAUGAUGACUCUCCAGCACCCUGUGCCUCGCACACAUUAGUGACCCCCUCAUCACGUGAUGACCUGACCUGUCGGGCACGUCCAGCGAAAGUUAAACUUUGAUAGAGAAGACACAAAGAAGAGCCCAUUCCCUGCACACACACUGGCCCUAAAACAAACAUACUUCCUCUACAUGUACACCUACACACAGACACACACAAUCAAACACGAACCACACCACACACACACACACACACACACACUCACACACACACACACACACACACACACACACACACACACACACACACACACACACACACACACACACACACACACACACACAUACACACACUCAAACACACACACAGACAUUGGCCUUAUUAUUAUGUUAUUAUUGAUUACCCAAAUGUAAAUCCAUCUUCAAACUGGCCUCAGCCAGCUAUGCCAUCCCCACUGAAAUAGAGAGCAAGAACUGCUCCAGUCAUCGUCCAGAACCCUCACCCACCCCUGCCUCACACCGAAGAGCCUACAUGAAUGACCUCAAUGACAUGACGAUAUCUCAUGUCAUUUACACAGUUACACAUUUACAGUGAGCCUAGAGCAUAAUCCAUGCACACUCAAACCAUAAUGUGGCCUGAUAUCAGUAAGCACUGGAAACCCACUUUUACCCACUCGAAACCCAAAAGGACACUUUUAUCUAAAGAGAUUUAACUUUGGCCCAAGUAAAGACCUGACACACAAACAGUUACAUAGUCACACACAGGGUAGGGCACACACACACACACACACACACACACACAAACAUCUACACUGACCUCUUCAGAACACCUGAAACACCCACUAUUUACUAAUUCACUAAUUUAAAUUACCAUUAUAAAAUGUAUUAAAUUCAAAUGUUUUCAAUUCUGAAUGGGGUGUGAAAAAACUCUCAAAUAUUUUUUACUUAAAAAAAAAAAAAAAAUGUUUAGUACUUUUUUAAACCACACGCCAAGUGCCAUAUAGUCUGAUAGCUUUGUGUAAUGUUAAUCUCAUGUUGUGAUGUUGAUUUGUGGAAGAGGUAGUAUUCGUUGGUGACGUUUGAUGUUCUGUAUUCUGGGAAUCAGGAGUGCCGUCGCGUCAUCGGUUCGUGCCGAGCAGUGUGACUGAUAUUAUAACCCGCUUGAGGGUAGAGACUCCACCGCACAGCCUAGUGGCCAUACUCCACCACUGCACUGGCCCACCGUUUCCAAUUCCACAGUGCUGCUUUCCAAUUCACCGCAUUAAGGGCGUGUUAUCGCUCGGUGGCAACAGGCACGGCGCGCGACUUAACACGCUUCAAAUAAAGGACAUAUUUUUAGUAAACAAAA